AUGUCGGCUGCUUUCAAUCAUUUGGAUCAAACUCAGCACAACAUUCUAAUGGAUUCCCAAUCAACUGCCUCUCCUGUGAAAACUGUGAAGAUAAGUAAUGUUUCACUCGAUGUCUCUAAGAAAGAUGUCAAAGAGUUCUUUUCUUUCUCGGGUGACAUUCACUACAUCGAGACACGAAGUGAGACGCAAGAAACUCAGGUUGCGUAUGUUACGUUCAAGGAUCCACAAGGAGCAGAAACUGCAAUGCUCUUAACGGGAGCUGUGAUUGCGGAUCAUCGUGUCAGUAUCACUCCUGCUGUGAACUACGAGCUACCACAAGAAGCUCUUGCACUUGACUCGGAAAGUUCGUUUAAUGGUUUCACUGUCAAGAAAGCGGAGGAUGUGGUGAACAUCAUGGUGGAAAGAGGUUACGCACUUGGCAAAGAUGCGAUGGAGAAAGCCAAAGCUUUUGACGACAGGCACAACUUGGUCUCGAACGCUUCAGCGACCAUUGCAUCGCUCGACGAAAAAAUGGGUCUGAGCGAGAAGCUAAGCAUAGGAACGACCGUGGUGAACGAGAAGCUGAGAGAGAUGGACGAGAGGUAUCAAGUGAGGGAGAUAACAAAGUCUGCUUUAGCAGCUGCAGAGGAGAGAGCAAUCAUUGCGGGAACGGCUUUAAUGGCUAACCCUUAUGUAUCAAGCGGAGCUACGUGGUUUUCAAACGCGUUAGGCGCAGUGACAAAGGCGGUGAAAGAGAGAGCUGAGAAUGGAGGAGAUGGAAGAAAAGAGAUUAUCCAACUUGAUGACACUUCACCUAAAGCUCCUGCUGUUGUUCCUGUUAGUUCGUUUGAUGGAGAUUUCAUCACCAAACCGAGUUUCUAA